GAAAACACGUACAUCAAGGGAGAGGAAACCAAGUAAAUUCAAGGUCUCCCCGUUUGUACACAAUUUAAGGAAGAUGGUAAAACGUGAAGCAUCAGAGCAAAUGAUUUUGUACGGGAGUCCUCAACCUUUUUUCGAUAGAAAAACAUCCAUCGUGAGUAAGUACAUUAGCGAAUUGGAUGAUUGCGAGAAGCUAUUUAUUCCAAUGCAUGACGAUUGCCCUGGUCAUUGGUAUCUGUGCGUCAUUGACUUCAAAGACUUUGAUAUCCAAAUUUUGGAUUCAUUACGAUCGAAGAGUCGGGACGAGUUCCGGUUUAAGAGUGUGAAAAAAGUGGUUGAAUUUUGUCAGACGUUCUUCAAACUGUAUGACAUAGGGAAAGAUGUCUUCCAAUUCUCCAUUGAUUGGGCUCCUUCCAUUCCGACCCAAGAUAAUGGGUGGGACUGUGGAGUGCAUGUCAUUAGACAUAUGCAGAGAUUCAAAAAUGGUGAUUCGAUGACGAUAUCCGACUUUUGUAAUUCUGCUAAAAUACGUCGAGAAAUAGCAUGUGAUUUAGUUUUACACGAGGGAAAUAGAGAAAAACAAACCAUUGUGGCUAUUGUUUGUACAAAGACGUCGACACGAGCAAUGAAAAAAUUAUUAUUAUGAUAUUUGUUAUUUUUCUAAUA